AUGGGCUCCCUGCCGGCCGGCAGUGGACUUGGCCUCGUCGGCGGACGAUUCUGGGCUCUGGCCAACGACGACGAUGACCUACAGAACACACCAGCGGCUUCUCCAACUCCUUCCGACAUCGUAUGCGAAUCCAUUUUGGUGGGAUACUCUGAGGAGCAGGUCGCAGAAUCCAUAGAUGGUUUCGUCCCUGAUUCCGAUCCUGCCUGGGAAGAGCUGACGGCUAACGACGAAGACAGGGUCGAGGUGCUCCGACGCGUCAUUUACCAGCGAACUUCGGCGAACGCGGUAAGACCCUGGAAGGGACCUCUACCGAAGCGACUGCAUCUGCGGCGGCAGGACCUGCUGCUGGGGUAUCUGCUGCAGUGGUGGCUGGCACGCGGGAGAAUCUUCAGCGAGCUACGGUGCCUGUUGGUCAGGGGCGCGGCUCUGCUGGUGCUGGAAAAGGUGGUCCUGGUGCUCAUAAUCGCGGUGGCGGCGGUGGAUUCCAUGGACACAGAGGUUAUGCAAAUCAUUGGAACGAGUUUGCCGGUGGUCCAGGUGGUGGUCGGUCGAAUUGGAACGCCGGAGGAGGUCCUGGGGGAGGAGCCAAUCAAUGGCAUCGUCCCUUCCAGCCACCCGAAGAUUCCUGAUUUUGCUCCGUGGUCUUAUGAUGGUGUGCACUAUGACCUUGAGGUGGAGGUCGAGAAGGUGCCACAAAAUGAGCCAAAUGAUGAUGAUAUCCUCAUGGCCGAUGGGGAGGAUAGGGACAAGGAUCAUGAGGAUGCGAAUGAUCAACAUUCCGAUCAGUCAAGGGAUAACACUAAUCCUCAUGCCUCUUCUAAUAAAGAGAAACCACUUAUUGGGGGUGCAUCUUCUACAUCAAAAUUACCCAUGGAGACACUACGUUUUGGUUCGUUUGAUGUCACGAGUACACCAUAUAAUCUUGGCAGUGAGUUUGUUCAAAAGGAGGCGAAUGAGCAAGCCCCUUUUGUUUCAAUUCAACGAUCGGUCUCCACAUCUAAGAUGGAAGUAUCCACGCAUUUGAUUACUCAGGAGAACAGAAAAGCAUCCUCUGCAGUACCGCUGGCUAGGAGGGCUGAGCCACUGCAUAUGCUUGAGCACGAUAACACGCAGGAGGCGUGCUGUCAAAUUUCUCCGACAUCACCUAUUGAGAGGGAUGUGCCUUCGAUCAUGCGGGAUAGUAAGCAGGAGGCGAGCCGGCCUUCUACUCCUGUCUCUUCCCAUAGCCUUUCGAACAGUAAGCAGCAAGUGAUAUCUUCUAAGUACGAUAACCUUGUUGAAGAAACAACUUCUGACCAGCACUUUGAUUCUGUGGUAACAGGGAAGACCCACAAUGAGAUUACUAAUGAUGAUGUGAUCUCGUUUGGGGGGAUCCCGGAUCCUACAUCAUGUGAUAGACGUUUCAGUCAACGUAUUCAGGAGAAGCCUGAUGCUGAUGAUAUGUUGAUAGGUCGUGCUAUGCGAGCUGCAAAACUACGAGAUGCUGAAACAACUUCAGGUUUGUCUAUUGAUCAGACUGCUUCUAUUUUAAACUUAUCUGAAUCUGAAAUCUUGAAUAAUGCUAGUGACAUAGGAGUUUCUAUGGGUACAUCUAGUAAAAAUAUAGCUAAUGUGGUUUAUGGUGAGUUCUCCGUCAAAUUUCGUGUAAGGUCGAAAGUUGAUGGUUUUAAGUGGGCUCUAGUGGCUGUAUAUGGGGCGGCACAAUUGGAGUUCAAACCUGAUUUUCUUGCAGAUCUAGUGAGAAUCUGUGGAGAUGAAACGUUACCAAUUAUGGUGGGGGGAGAUUUUAAUAUUAUUCGUAGACAGAAUGAAAAAAAUAAUGAUAACUUUGACACACGAUGGUCAACGAUGUUUAAUAUGGUUAUCGAGAGUCUUAAUCUAAGGGAGAUUCAUCUUUCUGACAGACAGUACACUUGGGCAAAUUCUCUAACGAUACCAACGUAUGAGAAGUUGGAUCGGGUUCUUACUACUGUUGAGUGGGAGCAAAAAUACCCAUUAGUCACGGUACAAGCAUUACAGAGGGCAAUCUCAGAUCACACGCCUCUUCUAGUUGACUCAGGGGAGGCCAAUCAUAGGGGCAACAAGAAUGUCUUCUCAUUCGAACUAAGCUGGUUUGAAAGAGAAGGGUUCAUGGAUCUAAUUACAAAGGAAUGGGGUACACACUUAGGUGGAUCCACCAGUGUGGAAAUUUGGCAAAACAAAAUCAGAAAUUUGCGCCGAGUCCUUAGAGGAUGGGCGAAAAAUCAAAGUGGUAUUUAUAAGAAAGAAAAAGAAAGACUAACGAAGCUGAUUGAUGAACUCGACGUCAAAGCUGAGUCAGCGCAGCUAAAUUCUAUUGAUAGGAAUAUUAAAAUGGAUGCUGAGAUUAGAUUGCAAAAAUUAUUGAGAGAAGAGGAGAUGAAAUGGGCACUAAGAGCUAAGGUGAUGAACGUGGUUCAUGGGGAUGAUAAUACUAAGUUCUUUCACAUGAUUGCAAAUGGCAAACAUCGAAAGAAGAUAAUUACUCAGCUAGAGCAAGAUGAGGGAACUAUAAUAGGACAUGAAAACUUAAAGGUGUAUAUCUCAGAAUAUUAUAGGAGUCUUUUUGGUGCACCAGAUGAGACUAUGAUCUCUCUGGAUGAAACCAAUGUUCAGGAUAUUCCUCAACUAAAUGAGCAGGAGAAUGAGGUUUUAUCCGCUAGAUUCACAGAGCAAGAGCUACAGCUAUUCCACCUUAACUUUGGAACAAUAACGUUGUUGCCAAAAAAGGUGGACGCCAUGCGCAUCCAACAAUUUAGACCUAUCUGUUUACUCAAUGUCAGUUUUAAGAUUUUUACUAAGACAUCCACCAAUAGAUUAACAAAGAUAGCCGAUUCAGUUGUCCAACCAGCACAGUCACCGUUCAUGCCUGGGCGACACAUUUUGGAGGGUGUUGUUGUUUUGCACGAAACGCUUCAUGAAAUUCACACAAAGAAACUAGACGGAGUUAUCUUUAAAGUGGAUUUUGAAAAGGCUUAUGAUAAAGUUAAACUAGCACGUUGGGAUAUGAUUUGUAGACCCAAAGACCAAGGGGGUUUGGGAAUUGAAAAUUUAGAAGUAAAGAACAAAUGUUUGCUUAGCAAAUGGUUGUAUAGAAUUUCCACAGAGACAGAGGGUAUGUGGAUUCAAAUUUUGAGAAAUAAGUAUCUAACAUCAAGAACUCUAGCUCAAGCUACGGUCAUAUUACGAGCAACGUCCUGGAUCCGUACGUGGUCAUCACUCAGUCUUGCGGACAACAGGGAGCUUAUGGGUAUUGGGUGCAACCGGUGGGAGAUGGCCGCACGGGUUAUCUUCAACCGUUUGUUGAAGUGGGGUUUUGCAGGACAAAAAAUUGCGCUGCAGAAUAGAACCCGCAUAAUGAAACUGCAUAAUUUGAAAAAUAAACAUUCGCGGACAUGUUUAGAACCGCAGUCAUGA